CCUCAUAUCUUACUUCGAAUCUUAACUACUGCUAACAUUAAUCCAAGUAAUACAGUAACGCAUCUAAGAACCUCUGCGAUUUGCUUCACCAUCAUCGAUCUGAUCUGAUCUGAUCUCAUACAUUUCAAAUCAAGAAAAAUGGCGAUGGCGAGGGUAAGCUCUGGCCUCGCAUACCCUGACAGAUUUUACGCAGCUUCCGCUUACGCCGGCUUCGGUGGAUCUCCCAAUUCGUCUUCAAAAGGCGUCACCUCCAAAUUUUCAAACGAUGUUGCUCUUCUGCUCUACGCCUUGUACCAACAGGCAAGUGUUGGGCCUUGUAAUAUUCCGAAACCAAGAGGUUGGAGUCCGGUGGAACAAAGCAAAUGGACUAGUUGGAAUGGUCUGGGAAACAUGGCUUCCACUGAAGCAAUGCGCCUUUUUGUUAAAAUUUUGGAGGAAGAAGAUCCAGGAUGGUAUUCAAGGGCAUCCAACUUUAUUUCUGAGCCUGUUGUGGAUGUGGAAAUGAAUCAUACUUCAAAGGCAGAGCUACUCAAUAAGAAUGAAGUCGCUCUGCCUGAGACACAAACUAUUCCCACUGAAAAUGGGACCUCUGUGGAAACUCAGGACAAAGCUAUAGUGGUGGAAGGACUUGGAAUUGUUGAUGUCUUUGACCAAUGGGUUGCCCCUUCUGUCUCUGGUCCCUGUCCAAAGCCCCGAUAUGAGCAUGCAGCAGCCAUCGUUGACAAUAGGAUGUACAUAUUUGGUGGAAAUCAUAAUGGACGUUACCUAAGUGAUCUCCAGGCACUUGAUUUGCAAAGGUGGGAAUGGUCCAAGAUUGAAGCAAAGACAAAUUCUGAGGCUCCACUAAAAGUUGCUCCUUGUGCUGGGCAUUCUUUGAUAGCAUGGGAAGGGAAUAAGCUUAUAGCAAUUGCAGGACAUACAAAAGAUCCCUCUGAACUCAUCCAAGUAAAGGCAUUUGAUCUGCAAACAUAUACCUGGUCGACCAUGAAGACCUAUGGAAAGCCACCGGUCUCACGUGGAGGUCAAUCAGUGACAGUUGUGGGGACCAGCCUAGUCAUAUUUGGUGGACAAGAUGCAAGUAGAACUCUCUUGAAUGACCUGCACAUUUUAGACUUAGAGACUAUGACUUGGGAUGAAAUUGAUACACUAGGUGUGUCACCAUCUCCAAGGUCUGACCAUGCUGCUGCAGUACAUGCAGAUCGUUACCUUCUUAUCUUUGGCGGGGGCACACAUUCAACUUGUUUUAAUGAUCUUCAUGUCCUUGAUAUGCAAACUAUGGAAUGGUCAAGACCAACUCAACAAGGAGAGAUACCGAGUCCACGAGCUGGUCAUGCUGGGGUAACAAUUGGAGGAAAUUGGUUCAUUGCUGGUGGUGGUGAUAACAAGAGUGGUGUUUCAGAAACUGUUGUCCUCAACAUGUCUACACUUGCUUGGUCAGUCGUAACAACUGUUCAAGGACGUGUUCCUCUUGCCAGCGAGGGCUUGAGUUUGGUCUUGAGCUCCUACAAUGGCGAAGACAUUCUCGUAUCUUUUGGAGGAUACAAUGGACGAUACAGCAAUGAGGUCCAUCUACUUAAGCCCAGCCAUAAAUCAAGCUUGCCGUCGACAACCAUGGGGACUCCAGCACUUGAUAGCAUCUCUGGUGCACAGCAUGCUGCAAAUGGCACUAGAGAUGUAGAGUUAGAUUAUGGUGCAGGUCAAGAUGGAAAAAUAAGGGAAAUCAGGAUGGACAAUAACGAGCCACAGACAGUCAAAGUCGACGAGGUGAGUGAGCAGUCUAUCAUGGCUCUAAAGGCCGAAAGGGAAGAACUAGAAUCAUCUCUCAGCAAAGAGAAGUCUGAGUCGCUUCACCUAAAGCAAGAGCUGUUAGAAGCUGAAUCGAGGAAUGCGGACGUAUAUAAGGAACUCCAAUCCGUACGCGGUCAACUUGCUGAAGAGCAGUCUAGAUGUUUUAAACUAGAGGUAGAUGUUGCAGAGCUACGACAAAAACUGCAAACGAUGGAUUCGUUGCAGAAAGAACUUGAAAUUCUUCAAAGACAAAAGGCUGCUUCUGAAGAAGCUUAUGCAAAACAGAAAGAGAGUUCAGGAGGUGUCUGGGGUUGGCUGGCUGGGAAUUCCCCUCCUAAACCAUAAGGCAGCCUGAAAAGCUUAUAAUACCUAAAAUACGGUACAAAAUCAUGUUAUAUUUCAUCUUCGUCACACAAUUUCAUUGACCCGAGGCUCGUUCUUUUUGUGAUCAGAGAAACACAGGGUAUUUCUUUGGUACAUAUUUCAGGUACCAAUGUUUUUAUGCUUUUUGCUAUAUGAGGACAUUAUUUUUGGUAAUGGUCAAAUCCAGAACAAUAAUCAUUUUGUCAAGUCAACUAUGGUCAAACCCUUUUCCUAGUAUUGUGGGGGGAUGGAAAUUGUGAGCCAUUGAUUUCAGGUUCAAGUAUAGGACUGGUACAUUAGUGUUAUUAAUAGGUUCAGGUUGUAUGUAAUUCUUCUGUUUUCUGAGUUGAAACUCACAUUGAUGUUAAAAAUUUUCUAUUUAAUAUAUAUUCUCUAUUAGAUGAA